AAUCGAGAAUACCGCCCUGAUUGGGCAUGCCUUUAAACGCUUAGCCUGAUGGUAUUCUGGUGGUCCAACUUUAGCAAAAUUCAAAAGUUAUAUCUGAGGCCGCAUGGUAUGGUGAGAAAAUGGCUGCGAUUGUGCGUGACGGCGUUAAAAGUUUCGCAUCUGGCGCAAAAAGCUGCUGCUCAUGGUUGACGCCGUGGCAGUUUCCAAACCGGCGCCUGUCGCAUCGAAAGCGAAGAACCCCCCUCGAUGGUGAGGCACGGGAAACGCAGCAAAUUUCCUUGCGUCCCUCGGAAGGGCAUGGGACCGGGAACAGGGUGGCCGCGUGAUUGGCCACCAGACGUUGGCUUUUGGGUUUGCGCUGAAAUUCGCUUGAAAUUCGCGCCUGCUCUUUCUAAUGGGUGCCCAAGCUCUAACCGAAAAUCGGUAUCGGGAUCGGGACUUUCCCUUCUAAAUUUUUAGAGUACUACGGAGUGGCAUGCCAUAGUUCGCAUUGCCAUCACUAUCGAGUUGGAAAAGAUAAGAGUGGGGUAACAAAAUAAAAACAGAGUUCCUCGGGGGAACUCUUGUCCGUCCGGCCGGUUAACUCUUGUCUCUUGUCUUCUUGGUUAUGAUAUAUAAAUUUACUUUUUUAUUUUAUUGCGAAUGGCGGCACGGCUGGAGCCGUAUUUGUACUUACUUGGCGACUGAAGGCACUACAUUAUACAAAGUAAGAAAGGGGUACUGAAAAGUGGCAAGCAGGUUUUGCCGGUAUUUUCUAUGUUUUUCUCUAGCCCCUACGCGGGCUACCCCCGCAUGAACACAGUACAGGUACACAUGUAUGAUGGCUUUAAUGUUACCCUCAAAUGAUCAUAGCGAUGAGCUGCAAGCUUACUGCUUCGAAUGUUGGUGUAGAGUUUUUUUCUACAAGAGUCGCCGGUCCUACUCCUAGCCGUUUGUUUUUAGUUUUCUAGAAACAAAUGCACUAGUCCGGUUGAUGACCUUGGGGCCUGAUGGCCAAAACUCCUUCGAAAAAAUGCAGCUGACAUAUUAUUUAUCGGAAAAAAACUGAUGUCGCCUGAGGUCGGGCAUGCUGCUGCACUCCGCGCAUGAAAAUUCUUCGAUGAUAUAUUCCGUCACAGGCGCGUCCGAUAU